AUGGCUGGAGAUGUUCAAAGAACUGUUGAGACAUGUUGGCCUUGCCAAAAGUACGCUCCAGCUCAGAAAUCGGAACCCUUACAGCCUCAUAAUACUCCAACCAGAGCAUGGCAAAGAGUUGGAAUUGACUUCUUCCAGCUGGGCAGUGACCACUUUCUUAUAAUGACAGAUUACUUUUCAUCAUUUUUUGAACUGAAGAAAGUGAAUUCACUAAAAACAGAAGGCCUGAUACAGUUUUGUAAAGAACAGUUUGCUCGUUACGGAAUACCAGACGUUGUUGUUUCUGACAGUGGUACUCAACUUGUUAGCCAAGACUUCAAGCUUUUUGCCCAGACUUGGAUGUUUAAAAUUGCUGUUUCUUCGCCGUAUAAUCACCAAUCCAAUGGUAAGGCAGAAUCAGCAGUUACAAUUGCAAAUAGAAUGUUAAAGAAGGUAAAAGAAAGUAAAGAAGGCUUUCAAGCAGCUCUAUUAGAGUGGAGGAAUACACCACUGGCUUACUUGGGUGCAAGUCCUGUGCAGUUGCUAAUGUCAAGAUCAACAAAGACUCGUUUGCCCAUAACAGAAAUGAAACUAAAUCCAAAGAUACACACGUAG